AUGGCGGAGGGGCUGCCCGGCGCGGACCACCCUCGGGGGGGGCCCCUGGGGGCGCCGGGGGCCCCCGCCGUGAUUUCCCCCCAAGACCCCACCCUGCUGAUCGGCUCCUCGCUGGUCGCCACGUGCACGGUCAGCCCGGACUUUCACCUGAAAGCCGAGGACCUGUACUGGACCCUCAAUGGCCGGCGCCUGCCCGCCGCCUCCUACACCGCCCUCGGCCCCACCACGCUCAGCGUGGCCCUCGCCCGCCUCAACGGCUCCAAGCAGCAGUCGGGGGACAACAGCAGAGACGGCGGCAUCUUGGCCGGCUCCUGCCUUUACGUUGGACUACCCCCAGAAAAACCAGUCAACAUCACCUGCUGGUCUAAAAACAUGAAGGACCUCACCUGCAAGUGGGCGCCGGGGACGGAAGGCGAGACCUUCCUGCACACCAACUACACCCUCAAGUACAAGCUCAG